AUGGAAACGCACAGGUCCAACAAAACUUGGGCAGAACCCUGGCUGUAUCGGCAAGAGUUUAAUUUGGAUCCCGGUCAUGGCAAGCAUUUUUUUCUUGAGACGAACGGAAUCACUUCAAAAGCAGACAUUUAUCUCAAUAGAAGGCAGAUUGCGAGCAAGGAUAUCCAAUCGGGCUCCUAUGGUGGUCAUGUCUACGACAUCACAGCAACGGCGGCUGAAGCCAACGCGGUGCUGGUAAAGGUUUAUCCGACUGACUAUAACCACGACCUGGCCCAAGGUUUUAACGACUGGAACCCUGCUCCCCCAGAUAACGGCUCAGGUAUCUGGAGAGACAUCAACAUCAGGCAGACGGGGCCAGUGACUUUGGGUCCACUUAGUGUGACAACUAAGUUCGAAGCAUCCGCUUCCUCUGCCAGGGUGAAACUCAGGGCACUUGCACGCAACCUGGAGAACCGCACGUUGGAGGCUUUCCCAUCGACUAGUAUCUUCAAAUUUGAAUCUGGGGACAGCCCAAUAGGAAAUCACGCGGGUUCUGCGACGUCAGCAGUGCACAUCGGUCAAGAACGCAGCCCAACGGAUGUUGUGAUUUUGGCCCCAUUUGCAUCCGCAGAAAUACAAAUGCAAGUGGAUGUUCCCUUCGCAGACUCAGAUAUUUGGUGGCCGAGACAUUGGGGUCAGCAGCCGCUAUUCCAGGCCCAUUUGAGAGUGUUAGUCGACAAUGGAACCUCUGAUUUGAUUGAGAGCACAUUUGGAUUUCGCAAGGCAACCUCUCGACUGAACAAAGAUGCAGACAGGGUGUUCGAAGUGAACGGGUUGCCUUUCCAAGUCCUCGGUGCAGGGUACGCACCUGAUAUUUUUCUUCGAUGGGAUACCACACGAUUUAUAAACAUUGCCGAGUACGUCCUGGAUAUUGGUUUAAACACGAUUCGACUUGAAGGGAAGAUGGAGCACCCUGAGCUCUAUGAUAUCUGCGAUCGCCUCGGGAUCAUGGUCCUUCCAGGAUGGGAGUGCUGUGAUAAAUGGGAGGCCUGGAGCUAUUCCGAGGAGGAAGGAUUGGAAGAUUCCAUCUGGGGCCCAAACGACUACAGAAUUGCCAAUGCCAGUAUGAUCCAUGAGGCAAACAUGAUGAGGAAUCACCCGAGCGUGCUUGGAUUUCUGAUCGGAAGCGACUAUUGGCCGGACGAAAAGGCAACAUCAAUCUAUUUGAGCGCGUUGCACGGCUCUCACUGGGAGACUCCCAUCAUCGCCUGUGCUUCAGGCAAGGGACAUCCAGAAAAUAUGGAGCCCUCAGGGCUCAAAAUGCCCGGUCCCUAUACUUGGGUUCCACCUAAUUACUGGUACAAGAACCGUUUGGGCUCAGCCUUUGGUUUUGGCUCGGAACUGGGUUCCGGGGUGGGCACACCAGAGCUCCCAAGUCUUUCCAAGUUCCUCGACGAGUCUGGAAUUAACGACCUAUGGCAACAGCCGAAGAAGGUUCUAUACCACAUGUCUCCUGGGGAGGUGUUUUCAACGAGAACUAUCUACAAUGAGGCACUCUGGAAUAGAUAUGGUGCGCCCGAGGGCCUAUCAGAUUAUCUUUUGAGCGCUCAGAUGAUGGAUUACGAGGCAACCCGAGCCCAAUUCGAAGCAUACUCGUUGAGUUGGUCUGCCCAAAGACCAGCCACCGGGAUGAUCUACUGGCUCUUAAAUAAUGCUUGGCCAAGUCUGCAUUGGAGCCUGUUCGACUAUUAUCUCCACCCGGCUGGGUCAUACUUUGGAGCGAAGACAGGGAGCCGGCUGGAGCAUAUAGCAUACGACUAUGUGCACAAGAGAGUCUUCAUUAUCAAUCGUACUCGCGAUAGGCAGGGGUCCAGAACACUUGAACUCGACAUCAUCGAUCUGAAUGGCAAGCAUAUCUGGGACAAAACGGCAGCGUUUAACACAGAACCCAAUUCCAGCAAAUCAAUCUUGAAGGUCAAGAAGUUGAAGAAGGCCAAAGAUGUGGCGCUUAUCCGUCUGGUUCUGAAGGACACCGAAUCAAACGAGACUAUAAGCCGCAGCGUCUAUUGGCUGUCGAGGCAGGCCGAUGAAUUAAAAUGGAGCAAAUCGACUUGGUUCUACACGCCGGUCCGAGAAUACGCCGAUUACACGUCUUUGAAUCAAAUUCAGCCGGCCAAUGUCUCAGUCUUUGCCGCAGCGGACGACGGUAACAGGCGCAAAGUGAUCGUCACUCUUAAAAACCGCUCGCCCUUUCCUGCUGUGUUCAUCCGCCUGGAUUUGGUUCACAGGGAUAAAACGUCGAGAACGGGGAACUUCAAAUGGGCCCCUGUUAGCCCGCUAAAAUGGUCGGAUAAUUAUAUCACCUUAUGGCCGCAUGAGGAGAUGGUCCUGCAUGUGGAUGUGAUGUCGGGAGCAGAAAGCCCAGAUAGGCUGCUGGUCCACGGCAAGAACACCGACGAGGUCGAGAUUCCCAUCGUGUAG